AUGGAUGAUUACGUGGCUAGCGCGUCUCGUGGUGUGGGUGGGGAUCAUAAUGGAAUGCACUUCGCCCUCACAGCCCUGACGGGGGUCGCAUCAGCAUGCGCGGGGCUGGUCCCCAGGCAGCUCUCCGUGCCCCUGCCCGUGCUGCUGGGCUUCGCUCUGCUGGGCAACGCCAGUCUCGUCGCCACCAACCUCUCGCUCCUCCUCAACUCAGUUGGCUUCUACCAGAUCUCCAAGGUCAGCAUCAUCCCGACCGUCUGUUUCUUCGAAGCUGUCUUCAAGGGUCGAACGUUCACCCCGCGCGUGAAAGCAGCCGUGGCAGUCGUCAUGCUGGGCGUGGCUCUCUGCACUGUCUCUGAGAUCCAUGUCAACCCACUUGGACUGGCUGUGGCUGCUUUUGCCGUGCUCUGCUCUGCCAUGCACAUGAUGCUGAUUGGUUUACUCCAAGAAAGGUACUCCAUUGGCUCCUUCGAUCUCCUCAGCCAAUCAGCGCCUCUCCAGGCCUUCAUGCUGCUUCUCGUCGGCCCUUCUCUCGACCUCUUUCUCACCUCCCGCUCUCUUCUCGACUACCACUACCAGCCCAAUGCGAUUGUCUUCAUAAUCCUCUCCUGCUGCCUAGCAGUGGUCUGCAAUCUCAGCGCCUACCUUUGCAUCGGAAAAUUCUCCGCUUCAACUUACCAAGUCCUAGGCCACAUGAAGACCGUGCUAGUCCUUGUGUUGGGAGUGGUGCUAUUUGACUCUUCCAUCUCCCUUAAAGGCAUCCUCGGUAUGUGUAUAGCGGUCACAGGGAUGGUUAUGUACGGCCAUGCUACUGCCACUCAGGCUAGUGCUUCAGGAGCAGGAGGGGGAGGUGGAGGCACAGUGGUGACGGGAAUAAAAGAGGGGCGAGGAAGGGGAGAAGCAGGCUUGGCAGGGCGGGAGGAGAGUGAGAGGGAAGAAAUUCCUCUACUCAGUAUUGUGGUUGGGUCAGAGGAUGAGGAUGAGGAAGAGGAAGCGGAAGAGGAGGAUGAGCGAGACGGUGAGAAGGGGUUACCAGGGAAGCAGAGUAUCGAUGAUUAUAGAGCAGGUGGGUUCAAGGACGGGACAAGAAGGGCAGAGGAGGGGGAGGAUUUUGUGCAAGGAGGCAGAGACGCUCAUUCCAAACCAAGCUCAGAGGGCAUCUGUCAGGGGGGCUCCAAGACCCGAGGGCCGAUUCAGCUAGUAAUUCCGUUUCUGACGAUGGAAGAAGUGACGGAUGAGCAGUUCCGGGAGGUCGUUCUGGAGAAUCCGCGUCCAGCCAUUGUCGUCUUCUACAACCCAAGGAUCACCUCAAGCGUAUCGACGGCGAACUUAGUGGCAGAGCUCAGCAAGCGAUUCUCGGACAAACUGGCAUUCUACAAGGUGGAUAUUCACACGUAUGAUGCCUAUGCCGACCGGUACGCUGGCAGCGACGAGAGUUCCGCUGUGGUCCUUUUCAAAAACGGCGAGGCAGUUAAGAAGGUCACCAGUGCACCCACGAUGCCUGAUGCUGGAACGUUCGGUAAUGAAGCUGCCGUCACGGCGUUUGUGGGCACCGUCGCCCGCGACACUUCAGAUCUGUGUUCCCACCCAGCAUCGGCGGCAGCGGACGCCUGA